CCUGUCUCAGUCACUGAAGCAAAUUCCACACAGAGAUAAUGAACCUUAAGGAUUACACAACAGAAAGACGGGAGUGGUGAGGUAUGUUUUUGAAUUUGAGGACAGGUAGGCUUACAAAAUCGACAGACAAGUUUGGGUGGUGACAGGUAAGCUAGUCCUGAUGCCACCAAGGCCACAGUCAUAUCAGAGCUUGGAUAAGGAGCGAUGGCUCCUAUCUUUGGCUGGAUGUCAGGCUCCUUUUCCUCAUUUGAGAUCACCAUUGCCUCCGUCCUCUUCAUUGUUGUCUGCAUCACAUUGUGCACACUUUGCACCAACUGCUUCAGCCAGUCAAGCAAGACCCCACAGUACUCUAAGGAGAAGGAAACUCCUUCAUCUAACCUGCCGAAGGAGAGACCAGAAGAUCAGUGGAGCACAAACAGAACCUCGGGCAAUCAGCAUGCUUUAAACUCUAUGCCAAAAAGGAGUGUCCCCCAGGUUCCUGCUAGGCCUCACACCAGGAGUGCCACCAUGGUGCAGAGUCAGCCACCCACAGUUUAUACUCACAACAGAGCUGAAUCACAUGGAUAUUUCAGCCAAGGCAUGAUGCCCUGGCUUACAGAUACUCCAGGCGUGUCCGUUGGAUCCAAAGCCUCCAUAUUUCCAAGAAUUCCUGACCCCCCACUGCUUCCAUCAACCUUCCACCAACCCAGAGUCCAGGUGGAACCAGCGAUGCAGCCUCCGUCGCUACAGCAGCCUGAGACAGUCAUUAAAGACCAUGAUACACGAGACAGAGAAGAUCAGUCAUAUACCAGUGACAUGUUCACUGACCACACAUACUCUGUCCCAGGGCCGGAGGUCAGUGAGGAACAUCCCUAUGAAAGUAUAGGCAUGGUAAAUGUCAGUGAGCCUUCACCGCUCUCUUCCAGCAAUGAAGCUGCUGAAAACCAAUUCGGGAAUGAGAGCCCUUACCAAACAAUGGCAGAACCGGGUGAACCUGCUGCUGGUCAUUCAUCCACAUCCCUUACAGUGUUGGACAACGGACAGGCAGAGAAGCCAGGAAAGCUUUUCUUGCCUCUCCCAGCUGAGCAGGAUGGCCAGUGUUUGACUGGUUCAGAAAGCACAGCUGUCUAUGCAGCAGUGAACUGGAAAAAAAAAACAAUGAAACUCGUGGAAUUCCCUACUUUACCAACCACCAUGGCACUGGAUGAGGAUGAUGUAACUGAGGAGGCUGCACCUCCUAUUCCAGAAAAACAUUUUGAAUAGCAUAAACGGGACUGUAUUUGACUUGAUACAGCAUGAUAUGAUAUAUAAUAUUUGAUACUGUGUCUGCACUUGAUCACCCAAUAAAAAUUAAUGAAUGUCAUAA